AUGUUCCAUUAUAGUCUGCUCAUCCAGCUUCACCUACCCUACAUGCUUGGGUCUUCUCCAUCAGAACAAGUCUGUCAUUACUCACGUAUCACAUGCGUCAACGCCUCGCGCGAAGUCAUACUGCGCUUCAUAACACUACGCAACUUUGAUGAUAUAGGAUGCGACUGCCGCACUAUCGAAUUCCUCGCUCUCAUGGCGGCCAUGGCUUUGCUUAUUGCUCAUCUGGAGGGCCAGUGCCUCGAGUCUGGGAAUCUGCUGGCCCAUCAGUACAUCACCGAUCGCGCCCUCAUAGAACAGGUGCAAGAUCACAUGGCGAAGCUACAUAAACUCAACGGAGACCCACUCAGUGCACAAAGUGCUAUUCUGUUAGAGCGACUGCUUAUGAUCGACGGCGAAGACAGCCUCUCGAAGGAUGAGCAGAUUGUGCCUUCGCUCCGUGACCAAGACGAUGACAUUGCAAUCAGUCCGCAGACUCCGUAUUCGACCAUCAUCAGGAUUGCUCGUGAAGGCAUCAUUAAACCAGCUCCGCGACUUGAAGACACUCCCGCCUCGACUGCGUUCACAUCAGAGAGUUUGGACGCAACCACAGCGGCAGUGGGAUGUAGCAGCACAUAUGAUACGUCCGAAUUGUCUAGCUUCAAUUUUGCUCUACAGCAAGGGGACUUCCCAUCUCUGACUGCAGGUCUCGAUGAUUGGGCGUUUCAGGGUGUUGACACAGCUUUCUUCGAUAGCUUACUGCGCAGUACCAACCUAGGAGAGAAUGGCUUGAAUAACGCCGGGACUUUCGGAAGUAACAUGAACAGUACACAGUAG